AUGGAGCCAGCGCAUGAGGAGUCCGGUCCGAAAUUUCGGCCGCAACCACUCCGCUCCGUCUCCCCUACACCCUCCGAUAUCACGAACGGCGACCACGACCACGACCACGUCACCAGCAGCGACAACACUGUCGCCAACAAUGACACCUCCACAAUGCCCGAUUCCGUCCUAGCGACCUCAUUGAAUAGUGGCGUCAGCAUCAGUAAUGGCACCGUUCUCCCACAACCAGACAAGACACCUCCGCCGACGACCAGGGACCGCAGCGUGUCUGGAGUAGUUCCGCCAUAUUGGACUCAUUCUCGGAAUCCAUCGCGGACGUCGCAAAUGUCGGUCGAGCAGCCGCUAGGGAUUACAUUGGAGGACCAUACGGCGGAUCCAGAUUCGGAGACGAGUCGCGGGCUAUGGGCGCAGAGUGUCUCUGUCGAGGAUCAUGCGGUUGUGCAGGGGAAGAGCGGAGUUGGGGCUUAUGUGGUAUGGAGCUGUAGGAUACAGACUCUAGAUGGAGGCCCGAUUGUCAUUCGCAUGAGAUACUCGGAAUUCGAUACCUUACGGCGGCAGCUAUUACAGUCGUUCCCACAUGCAAAGAAUGCACUACCCGCUCUACCACCAAAGAGCGUCCUAUUUCGGUUUCGACCGGCAUUCCUCGAGUCUCGCCGCAUUGGACUAGAAUAUUUCCUCAACUGCGUCCUUCUGAAUCCGGAAUUCUCUGGUUCCCCAAUCGUCAAGGACUUUCUCUUCGGUCGAGUGGGGUAG